UCAACAGCAUUCGUCAACAGUCCGGAACAAAUGAGUACUAAGGAACAGCGGCUACUCGACUACGUUAGGGGUCACAGUAAAAGUGGACAUCCUCUUAGCGUCCUGGAAGCAUUUGACGCGUUUUCAAAUGACUUAGAAUGGACUAUGCAUGUCGGAGAAACAAAAGGUGUCGUGCUUGAUCAGGCGAUACGAGACCUCCAACCAAAAGUGUGCUUAGAACUAGGAACGUACUGCGGCUACUCCGCCAUCCGCACGGCCAGACAGCUGCGGAUAGAAGGCGCACGAGUACUCUGCGUGGAAUGCUGUCAGGAGUAUGCUGACGUCACCAGGGAGACUGUAAGACAUGCAGGGCUAGAUAAGAAGAUAAAGGUGAUCGUAGGCAACUCCAGUCAAGUCAUCCCCCAGCUGAAGAAAAAAUACGGCACCAUGAAAGUCGACUUUGUCUUUCUGGACCACGUAGAGUCCUUAUACACAACGGAUCUGAAACUACUAGAAAGACAUGAUCUCUUGUCAACGGGAUCUGUGAUCCUGGCUGACAACGUGCUGCACCCAGGCGCUCCUGACUUCCUUAAGUACGUCCGCGGCUCUCCUCGCUACGAGUGCUCCUUCCACCCGGCCACGGUACGGGUCGAGGGCAACACCGUCCAGGACGGCCUGAUGAAGGCGGUGUACUACCAUCGACGUUUAAGUGUGUGAUUGUGUACAAUUGUCACCUGAACCAGGAGACCACAGACUCUAGUUAGAAAAUCAUUUGCUCCGUAAUAGCCCGAGAAACAGUCUUAUUUGAGUUCGAACGAACGUAGUACGAUCUUCUGGAAAGCUUUCACAGUUUCACAUGCUCUGUCACAGUCUGCUUUAAAAUCCAACGAUAUGAAAAUCGUACGACGUUCAAUGACCGACUUCCAAUGUCACAAUGUCCGAAGUCCAAUGCGAAAAUACCCGACGUCAAUUGUGAAUAUGUCGCUAGGCCAUAGCAAGUCAAUUUUACGGGUGACAUUCGCUGCAAACUCCAAAUUAAAUGAGAAUAGGUGAAAAAUAAAAAGAUGAAAUAAAAAAAAAAACAAGAUUUAUUUCUAAAAAAGACGGCGACAUAAUAAACAUUGUGAAAAGAAUUAAAGUGACAAAACAUAAGUGAGAAUAGUGUGGUAGACUGGCAUCUCUUACAAAGUUGGCAACUUCUGUCAUGGCCACCGCAUUGGUGCCACUAUUACUAUUAUAGAAUUUUUUCAACUUCUACAGCUACGGUCAUGGCUACGUGUACUUCACUCAUGUGUAAUCACAAGAAACCACAGAGCAUAUUUUCUCAUUUGUGUACUUUCUCUUCAUGAUCACCAUUUCUGUUUAUCAUCCAUAAAAAUUACUUGCUGUGGUACAUUUCCGUCCAACAUCACAGGUACAACCCUAUACAAUCAACACUGAGCAAACAGAUAGUUGAGAACAUUGAAGUGACAAAACAUAAGUGAGAACAGGAUUAAUUUCAGAUGAGAAAUUGACAAAUGUUUGACAAGUGCAUGGACCGUGUAUGCUGUAUAGUGAUUUGCUUUACAAUGGAAUCUGCUUGCGUUACACAAAAUACACUUUCAAU